AAAUGACCAAAAUACCACCUUCGUCUUCAAGCUUUCAUCUCCGUCUCUGUCCUAUUUAAACAAAUAAAAAAAACUCAGAGCUCAAUUCAACACAGAGCAGACGUGUAGUGUCUCUGACCCACCGCGAAAUCCAGAUCCAAAAACCAUCAAUGGCGUCAGAAAACAACGGAUCCAGAUCCGAUUCCGUCACCACUCCCAACGCUGAUUCCACCGCCGUGGAAAUGCCGUCGCAUCCGAGGAAGGUAGCACUGGUCACCGGAAUCACCGGUCAGGACGGAUCGUACCUGACUGAGUUCCUCCUCGGAAAAGGCUACGAAGUUCACGGCCUGAUCCGCCGAUCGUCGAAUUUCAACACCCAGCGAAUCAACCACAUCUACAUCGAUCCCCACAACGUCGACAAGGCUCUGAUGAAGCUCCACUACGCCGAUCUCUCCGACGCCUCGUCGCUCCGCCGUUGGCUCGACGUGAUCAAGCCAGACGAAGUCUACAACCUCGCCGCUCAGUCUCAUGUCGCUGUCUCCUUCGAGAUCCCUGAUUACACAGCCGAUGUAGUCGCCACCGGUGCUCUCCGUCUCCUGGAAGCCGUCAGAUCUCACACCACCGACAGUGGCCGGAGCAUCAAGUACUACCAAGCCGGAUCUUCGGAGAUGUUCGGGUCAACUCCGCCACCACAAUCGGAGACGACGCCGUUUCAUCCCAGAUCUCCUUACGCAGCGUCGAAGUGCGCUGCUCAUUGGUACACAGUGAAUUACCGAGAAGCCUACGGUCUGUUCGCAUGUAACGGAAUCCUGUUCAACCACGAGUCGCCGCGACGUGGAGAGAAUUUCGUGACGAGGAAGAUCACAAGAGCCCUGGGACGGAUCAAGGUGGGUUUGCAGAGGAAGCUCUUCCUCGGGAAUUUGCAGGCGUCAAGAGAUUGGGGAUUCGCGGGGGAUUACGUGGAGGCAAUGUGGCUGAUGUUGCAGCAAGAGAAGCCAGACGAUUACGUUGUGGCAACGGAGGAAUCACAUACGGUGGAGGAGUUUCUGGAGGUUUCGUUUGGGUACUUGGGACUCAACUGGAAAGAUCAUGUGGAGAUCGAUAAGAGGUACUUCAGGCCUGCAGAAGUAGAUAACCUCAAAGGAGAUGCAAGCAAGGCAAAGGAGGUUUUGGGAUGGAAACCGAAAGUAGGGUUUGAGAAGUUGGUGAAGAUGAUGGUUGACGAAGAUCUUGAGCUUGCCAAGAGGGAGAAAGUGCUUGUGGAUGCUGGUUACAUGGAUGCUCAGCAGCAACCUUGAUUUGCGCUUAAUACAAGAGGGAGUCAUAUUAAUCUGCUUUUAUAGAAUUGAAAAUUUCGUUUUUUGUUUUUUUUUUGGCUUUAAUGCUUGUUUUGUUGUUUUUUGUCGUAUUUUUGUCAAAGUUAUCCAAUUUGUUUUCCUCAAUGAAUUGAGGAUGAAGGACAGUGAUAUUUGUAUGAAAAGGGAAAAGGAAGCACAUCCUCUGUUCUUUCUA